GAGCGAGGAACUACCUUCAGACGGGCACAAUUUCUAUCUGAUUAGUUGGCACCGCGAGCUGAGCAACAACGGAUCGUUUUUGCCGAAGGUAUUCGCACAGAAGCAACAUGGCAGAAGUAACUCAAGCGGAAAUCGAGGAGCUGUACAGCUUCAUCCAUCCCCUUGCUAUCGAGGCGGGCGAGAUCCUCAUGGAGGGCUAUGAGAUGGCCAGCAAAAAGGUCUCCAUCAAGGGCGAUUUUUAUGAUGUGGUCACCGACUAUGACAACAAGAUCGAAGACUUUCUCAUGGCCAAGAUAUUGGCCAGCUAUCCUGGCCACAAGUUCAUCGGUGAAGAGGCGACGGCCAAGAACAACAAUGUGUCCGGGGAACUGACGGAUGCUCCCACCUGGAUCAUAGAUCCAAUCGAUGGAACUUCAAAUUUCAUCAAGCAGAUCCCACACGUUUGUGUAUCGAUUGGUUUGGCCAUCAACAAAAAGAUUGUGGUUGGAGUGAUUAACAAUCCUGUCCAGAAGAAGCUCUUCACAACCAAAUUGGGCCAAGGAGCCUUUUGCAAUGGCAAGCCCAUCCAUGUGAGCGACUGUGAGAGCGUCAAGGAUGCCAAUGUGGCCUACGAAGUGUCCCUGCUGCACGUCCACUCCGUGGCCAACAAGCACAUCAAGAGGAUCUACCAUGUGGGAUUAAACGCGAGAAGACUUGUGGCCUACUCCUGUGUGGUGGACGAGCUGUGCAUGGUGGCUGCUGGCAAUUUGGACGCCUUCUACAUCGAGGACAUGUAUCCCUGGGACUGCGCCGCCGGUUCCCUGCUGGUGACGGAGGCGGGGGGCGUGGUAACGCAUCCCUUUGGCGGACCCUUCGAAAUAAUGAAACCAGAUCUCAUCUGCGCCGGAACGGAGAAGUUGCGCAAAGAGAUCGAGGAUCUGUUGCGCAAAGCCGACCAGGAGGAGUCGGUGGGGGGCAAGCCAGUGCAGAAGUAAUUAGAAACCUAAUAACUAACCUUGGCAAAAACGAUCCAAAAUAAAAAGCUUGAGUUCUGGGUAACCAUCACUUUAUCUUUAGAAGCUUUGCGAAUGGAAAGCUUUUAGAUAUCACCCCCCACUUUGAUCGCCGGCAGCUGGUAGACACGACACAAAAAAAAAGGCGGGAAAGCAAAUGACUCUCAGUUCUGCCUUUCAAAAACAUUCUGUUAUGAUAAAGCAUUUUGUUACCAUAAUUUUUAGCCUUAGGCUGCCAAAUAAAUCAAAAUAAAUAUGAAGAUGAUCAAUUA